CUUGCCUUGCUAUUUGGCUGUCGCUGCUUUUCUUGUGGUUUCUUCACGGUUCCCAUUUUUCUUUGGGAUUAAAAGGUACCUGUAGCUGACCUCAACAUCUGCUAUGUUACCUUCUACUAGUAAGAUCCCCUCAGUUCUGAUUCCGUCCCUUUAAGGAAUCUAUAUGAAUGAGUUGUUGUUCUUAAAAUGGCGCCGUUGGAUUUGGACAAGUAUGUUGAAAUUGCAAGACAGUGUAAAUAUCUUCCAGAAAAUGACUUAAAGAGGCUGUGUGAUUAUGUAUGUGACCUGCUACUAGAGGAAUCAAAUGUACAACCAGUAUCAACUCCAGUCACUGUUUGCGGGGACAUCCAUGGACAGUUUUAUGACUUAUGUGAACUCUUCAGAACUGGAGGACAAGUACCAGACACAAAUUACAUCUUCAUGGGUGACUUUGUUGACAGAGGAUAUUAUAGCUUAGAGACGUUCACAUACUUGCUAGCACUUAAAGCUAAGUGGCCCGACCGCAUCACACUGUUGCGUGGAAAUCAUGAGAGUAGGCAGAUCACACAAGUGUAUGGCUUUUAUGAUGAGUGCCAAACGAAGUAUGGGAAUGCCAAUGCUUGGAGAUACUGCACCAAAGUGUUUGACAUGCUGACCGUUGCUGCUUUGAUAGAUGAGCAGAUCCUUUGUGUUCAUGGUGGCCUUUCACCUGAUAUCAAGACCCUGGACCAGAUCCGCACCAUCGAACGAAACCAGGAAAUUCCACACAAGGGGGCGUUCUGUGACCUUGUCUGGUCUGACCCAGAGGAUGUUGACACCUGGGCCAUCAGCCCAAGGGGUGCUGGCUGGCUCUUCGGUGCCAAGGUCACCAAUGAGUUUGUCCACAUCAACAACCUGAAGCUGAUUUGCCGUGCACAUCAGCUGGUUCACGAGGGCUACAAGUUCAUGUUCGAUGAGAAGCUAGUGACCGUGUGGUCAGCCCCCAACUACUGCUAUCGCUGUGGCAACAUUGCCUCCAUCAUGGUCUUCAAGGAUGUGAACACACGGGAGCCCAAGCUGUUUCGGGCCGUGCCUGACUCGGAGAGGGUCAUACCACCCAGAACGACUACACCCUACUUCCUCUGAGUGCGAGGUCUUUAGUCCCCCACCAAGUCCACCCUUCCCUCUUCAUCAUCCUGGUCAACCCUCCCUCUUUCUGUUUUGCUAUUGUUUUGUUUUUGUUUUUUAAUUUUUUUUAUACGCAAACCCUGUCCACAUCCCUUCCUCCAGGAUUAGAUAUGAUGGACCCCAAGGACUUAAAUGUUUCAGAUGGCCGUUAUCAUGAUGAGGGUAUUCUUGUCAUGUAGAAAUUUAGUGUAAAUUAUGAAGAGCUCCUCUUGGUGCUGUUUUCGUACUCCCUCAUAUGUGGGAUGAAGUCAUGUGGUACUAAAAUUCCCAGUUACCCAUGUACAACAGUUAAUUGGACACAGUGUUUAUCAGACCUAGGGCUGGUUUCCCACCCAUGGAUUAUACCUAGUUGUGUGCUAAAUUAUAGUGUGAAUGGUGAAUCACCAUUGGAAAAUCUUUUAAAUCUAGGGUUAGGCUUAAGAUGGGUCUGUGAAACUGGCCCCUAUAGUUUCUGCUUGUGAGAGUGUCAGAGAGAGACAUGCAAAAUAGUGGUUUAAUCUGGCCUUGUCCUGAAGACUGAAGCUGUGGUAGAAUAUACACCAAACCUUUGAAAUAAGGUGAUGAGUGAGGGUGGACCACCCGCCUAGACAGAGGAGGCUGUGAUUAUUUUGUACAUUAAAUAAUUGUAUUGAUUAUUUCAUCUUUUUUCUCAGAUUUGUUGUAUUUUAUUAUUGUAGAAAUGGCAGCCCACACACCAAUUAAAUAUUGAAAAAUAAACCCCUUUAUUAUUAACUUAAA